AUGCUCCAAAUCACGAGCGAGUACCUGGCCGCGGGAGGAAACAGGCAUCCGUCAGCAGCAGAUUGGGAUGAGUCUGGAACUUUAGCAUUCGGCGCGGAUAGAAAUAUCGCUUUAUGGCGACCGCAGGCAAGUCAACUUUCAUUGGUCACGAGGCAUUGUUGAGACCGAGUCGAGUCUCUCAUCCUUUUGUCUAUAUUUUUGGCUUGGAUGAGACUGACAUAUCUCCAGGACUCAAACGCCCAAGGAGUUUAUGAAAUCCUUGGGGGUCAUGAAGGCACCGUCAACACAGUGAAAUUCAUUCCCGGCUCCAACCAAUUUUUGAUCAGUGGUGCCGUCGACAAGAAUCUUCAUAUUUGGAAGAGGAACGAACAUGCACCACAUUAUUAUGAAUGUCAUCAAACUCUGUCAAACGAGAAACCUGAGCAUCAUCAAAGUUCCAUAAACUGUAUCGCCGUAGCUGCCGGUGCCAAUAUCUUUGCAUCAGGCUCCGCAGAUGCUAUUGUCAAAAUUUGGGAGCUCGACGACCAGUAUUCGGCAACAUUGCUGCAAUCUAUAGAGAUCAAACCAAGGUUCUUUCCCCUUGCUUUGGCUUUAAGUCCUCUUACCGGCGCACCUGGCUCCUACGUGCUUGCCGUUGCUGGAACAAAGGAUAUUAUCCAAAUAUACGUCCUUGAUUCUGCUGUCAGUAAGGAAUUUAAUCUUCAAGCGACUCUUGCCGGCCAUGAAGGAUGGAUUAGAUCACUGGAGUUCACGAGAGAGACCGACGCGCCUGACAGCGAUUUGUUACUUUCGUCCGCUAGUCAGGACAAAUACAUUCGUUUGUGGCGAAUCCACCAAGGAAAAGAGUUGCCAGCGGCAUCAGCAACAGCAGAUCCAUCCUUGGGAGCAUUCAUGCCCGGAAAAUCAUUGUCAAACAAAGCUCAUCGGUUCAGGGCGCAAGAUCUUGACUUUUCCGCGACAUUUGAAGCCUUAUUACUUGGUCACGAGGACUGGAUUUACAGCACUCGAUGGAGAUAUGGCAACAAGAAAUUACAACUACUAUCCUCGUCCGCGGAUAAUUCAGUGGCUAUGUGGGAGGCCGAUGCGGAAACAGGAGUCUGGGUGACAACCACUCGAUUGGGAGAAAUCAGCUCUGAAAAGGGAUCUACGACAGCUACUGGGAGUACGGGUGGAUUUUGGAUUGGCCUCUGGUCACCUUCUGGCGAAACCGUUGUAAGUCUUGGGCGAACUGGAAGCUGGAGACUAUGGAAUCACAAUAGCGAGAAAGAACGUUGGCUACAAGGAAUUGGUGUCAGCGGCCACACGCUACCAGUUACUGGGAUUGCAUGGUCGAAAGAAGGCGAUUACUUGCUUUCAACGAGUACUGACCAAACGACAAGACUUCAUGCGAAAUGGAAACGGGAAGGUCAAGUCUCAUGGCAUGAAAUGACUCGCCCUCAAAUCCAUGGGUACGAUCUCAACUGUAUCGACUCCCUAGGAGCUUCCCAAUUUGUUUCUGGAGCGGAUGAAAAACUCAUGCGGGUCUUCAAUGAGCCGAAAGCAGUUGCCAACCUUCUUCACAAAUUAUGUGGGUUUAAAGGGUCUCAUAUCGAGGAUAUGCCAGAUGCUGCCAACAUGCCUGUACUUGGACUUUCCAACAAAGCCAUUGAAGCUGUGGACGAUGACCAAGAAAUUCAACCCACGAACGACAAAAACCAUGAUGCUAUUGAUCCAGCAUCCAUUGUUCACAAAUCAACUCUUGACCUUGACCAGCCCACCUCAGAAGAGCAUCUCUCUCGACAUACCCUUUGGCCUGAGAUUGAGAAGCUCUAUGGACAUGGAUACGAAAUCUCAACACUAGCAGCUAGUCAUGAUGGUUCAAUUAUUGCCACUGCUUGUAAAGCAAGCUCUAUCGAUCAUGCUGUAAUUCGGUUGUUCGAGACCAAGACUUGGUUGGAAAUUAAGCCACCGCUUAAGCAACAUUCAUUGACUGUUGCAAGACUGAGAUUUUCUUCAGAUGACAAGCAUCUCCUUAGUGUUGGUCGAGAUCGCCAAUGGGCAGUAUUUGAGUGCGACAUAGAAGACAAGACUGCUUAUAAACUGUUAGAAGCGAACCCAAAGGGACAUACUAGGAUGAUAUUGGAUGCAGCUUGGGCGCCAAACAGUUCCAGUAUCUUUGCAACAGCAGGAAGAGACAAGAAAGUUAAUAUCUGGUCAAAGGCUGAAGGAGGCGCUUCCUUCGAGUGCAAGUCGACGCUUUCAGAAAAUGCACCAGUAACAGCUAUUGAUUUUCUGGGUAUCAAUGGAAGAGAUGGCCUAGCAUUUCUCGCAACUGGAAGCGAAACUGGCUCUGUGGCCAUCCACUCCCUGGAUAUCAAGAAUGGCUUCAUGUUACAGUUGCUCGCAAUCAAAAACCCAAGGUAUUUCUUGUCAUUUGAUAUUUUGACCUCGCUGAUAGGAGCUUUAGCACAUACCCAAAUCCAAGCAAGGCAGUCACGCAGCUAGCUUGGAAGCCGGCCAAAGAAGAGACAGAAGACACUGGAGAGCUUGAUAUGCAACUCGCAAUUGCAAGUGAAGACAGCUCCUUGCGGGUAUAUUCUUAUAAACUUCUUACCCCUGUAUCUUAG